UUAUGACCGGUGUUGCUUCAUCUGUAGCAUAUCAGACAGAGAGAGAGAGAGAGCUCUAACGCCGUUUGUGUCGACUGCACCUCCCUUUUUCCUGUUAGGAUAUAGCUUACGGUACAAUUUUAGAAACAAAUUGUGCACCUGUCUGUCAGGAUCCUUCGAUAUGUCACUUUAGCCCCUCGAGGAUGCCUGACCAUGCUUCAUCCCUAAGCAGACAGACAAAGCGGCGCCGGGUGGACAUCGGGGUGAAGAGGACUCUGGGAAGUGUAGUGUUUUCCAGAGCAAGAGAGAACCUCCUACUCAACGCCAUGAACCAAUCCCACGGCCCCAAGCAAGACGGAGACUGCUCAUUGGUUCCUCACAGCUAUGGUGGGUCCAAUGGGGACGGAGGGAAGUCGAAUGUUCUCCGGAAGCUUCUGAAGCGAGCGAACUCGUACGAAGACGCCAUGAUGCCUUUCCCUGGCACCACCAUCAUCUCUCAGCUGCUGAAGAGUAACAUGGGGAAGAAUGGAGACAGAGAGGGAGGCUUCCAGGGUAGUGGAGGUCUCUCCAGCGCUGGGUCAGAUCUCCAAGCUGAGGACGUCUGCAGUAACUCCUCCAGAGACAGCCCCCUCUCUCCCUCCCCCUCCUCCCCCUGCCUCCCCCCAUUUGUCCGCCCCCCCCUUCCUCCUCAUCCCCCGCUCACCCCUCUGGACCUGGAGCGCCUCACGGACGAGCACCUGCGUGCCAAACGGGCCAGGGUGGAGAACAUCAUCCGGGGGAUGAGCCAUUCCCCCUGCGUUGCUCCGCCUGCCCUCCGGCAUGGAGAAAGGGACAGGGACAGAGAAGGAGACCGAGAGACAGGGAACGAGAGGGUGAGAAGAGAGAACAGGGAACGGGACUGUCCCCCACUGCAGUCUCCCAGCGCUGGGUCUAUAUCAAGAAGGGAGGAGUACAAGGAGAGCCUGGGGGACGCUAGAGGAGAGGUGUACAGGGAGAGUCAGGGGGGGGCUAGAGGAGAGGUGUACAGAGAGAACAAGAGAAAGCAGCGUCUCCCCCAGCAGCAACAGUCCUUUACUCAGCUGGUGUGUGUCAGACAGGAGAAGAGGCAAGAGGAGAGACGACAACUCAAACUACAGCUAGAGGAUAUGCAGAAACAACUUCGUCAGCUGCAGGAGAAGUUCUAUCAGAUCUAUGACAUUGAGACUGAGGAGGAGGAAAGAGGAGGAGGAGGAGGGGAGGAGGAGGAGGACAGAGAGAACGAGAGAGAGUUGGGGAGAGGAGGAGGAGGGGGGGAGGAGGAGGAGAACGGAGAGAACGAGAGAGAGUUGGGGAGAGGAGGAGGAGGGGAGGAGGAGGACAGAGAGAACGAGAGAGAGAAGGAGAGAGGAGGAGGAGGAGGGGAGGAAGACGGGAACCAGUCGGAGGACAGUGUCCGCUCCGACGGUUUGGAGGACAUAAACAGGGACCACCACGGCAACCGUAACCGUGCCGAUUGUAUCCACGGCGACUUGUCAGAGUUGCUUGACGACCCAGGUCUGUUUCUGGAGCGAGCCAGAGCCCUGCUCCGAGAACAGGCCCUUUUGGAUGGGGAGAGGGAGGAGGACGAGAGAGAGGAGAGAGAGAGGGAGGGGAGGGAGGAGAGUGAUUGGGGCCGAGGGGAGAGAGGGGUUGGAGGGGGGACGAUGCGAGCAGAGGGGAGGCAGCUAGCCGAGACUCUGAAACAGGAGCUGAACUCUGCCAUGUCGCAGGUGGUGGACACCGUGGUUAACGGGUUCAACCACAAACCCCCCAACCAUCAUCACAUUCAACAUCAUCCUCAUCCCCGUGGCUCCCAAAACACCCCCUCUGCCACCAACACUGCCUCACAGGCCUCCUUCCCUCCCUUCCCCCCUUCCCUCACCACAGACUCUCAAAGCCCCAUCUUCCACUCAGCCAACCAGAGGCUGCCAUGCUUUGGUGAUGUCAUCAUCCCUAGCCCGCUGGACUCGUUCGUGGGUCUCAGCGUCCCUACGGCCAGCGACCAGACAGAAGCACUACCUCUAGUGGUCAGGAAGACCAACGCCGACCCACAACACCGGAACCCCUCUCUCCCUCCUCCUUACCCCCACCACCCCUCCCUCCAUCCCUCCCCCCUCUCUGCCUCUCUGGGGUUCUCCCCUCCCUCCUUCCGGCACCCCUUCUCCCUCCCUCUCAUGGGAUACCCCUUCCAGAGUUUCCCCAAAGAGCAUCGCUCCCCCCCUGAGUCCAUGGACCUCUCCAGGGAAACUGUGGGGCUGCGAACCAAGAUGGGGUCAGGCGGGGGCAUCCAUUUUGUCUCCCACCACCACCACCACAGGCAGAGCACUCCACCCCAACAUGGAGGAGGGAGCGAGGGGCUGUCGCUCAUCAAGUCAGAGUGUGGAGAGCUCCAGGACAUGGCUGACAUAUCGCCUUAUUCAGGAAGUACCAUCCAGGAGGGCUUGUCUCCCAACCAUCUGAAGAAAGCCAAGCUCAUGUUUUUCUACAGCAGAUACCCUUCAUCCAACAUGCUCAAGACGUUCUUCUCAGACGUCAAGGUAAGCUUCGCACUUCCUCUCCUCUCCACUCCUCUCCUCUCCUCUUUACUCCACUCC